AUAGUAAAUGGAUCAACUGGUUUUUGGAGCGAACAUGAGGCUGACCCUGUUGUACCUGUCCGACUGUGAACUCGAUGGGAUCGAUCUCUGGAGAUAGCCGUAUUCACAGACCUCCAUCUGUUGGCCAUGUCAUGUUGAUGUCUCAUAAAAACCGUGCUUGAGCUUUCAGCAUACUCUUAGCAGCAAGAUCAUCUAUUCCACCUCUAGCUUGAAACUAUGCCUAUUGCGCUGGGUCUUAACGUAUAUGGAGUUUUCACAGCUACCAUCUCUCUAGUUGCCCUCAUCGGACACGUUUUACACCGAUAUCUUCCAAGUGCUAGGAUGAAGAUACUUGUAGAAGCGUUAGAUGACACCGAAGGGAUGAUAUAUUCAAUGGCGGAGGCGGGCCUUUUACCUCGCUCUCGAGCAGUUCUAGAAAUGGAAGAGCGUUUGGCAAUCCUCAGAGCCAAGUCGUCUGAGCUACAUGCAAAGGCAGUUUGUGCAACCACCCCUUGGAAAGAAUGCAAAGAGCUUUGUAAGGGUCUCUCUGCAUCGAUAGGGAUUUGCUUAUGCCAGGUGAAAGAGCUGCGUGCUUCUGCUGUGAUGAUCAGCGAGGCGGAACGUCGACGCCUUCGAGAGCAGAGCCUUAAUGGCAGUGUUUCAAAAGCUUCCGCGCCAAGCCAUCUACGCAGUUCCGAGUCUGGGUCUAGACCGAUAAAAAUUAUUGUCCCGGCGUGA